AUGUCAGCCCAGAUGGAGCAACAAGUGAUCCUUAGGGAGACACAGAAGGCACUAAAUGCCCUGCACAUCCAACCACACUACCAUCCUGACCACUGUCUCUCCUCAGAUCCUGAUGGAAACAGCACAGGAGCUAAGAGUCUUGGGAAUAAUAAUGCUUUCAGUCAAGUGCCCUCAGCCAUCAUUUUGGGAAGCAAGCCCUUGAGAGAUGCAGCUAGAAACUAUUCCUCUAGCGUCUCCACAGGCGGUCUAGGAUUCUGCAUCAGGAAACCGAGACAGCAGCACUCUCCGCCCCCCUUCGCUUUGUCACUAUGUUUGUCCUUCGCGGCUUGCCGUCCCCGGCGCUGGAAGGGAACUAUGGCGGCGCCCGUGUUCCUUCUGGGGCAUGGUGUGCGGCCACGGCCCUGGACUUUGCGCGCUUUCACUACGGUUUUGUCUCCGGUCAGUGACCCGCAUGUUCCAAACACGCUUAAAACAGAAAGCAAUAAAACAUCAAAGAAUGGAAAACAUAAAAAACAGGUUCCGAAUCCUAGGACAACGAAGAUGGCAGUUGAUCAGGACUGGAUGAGUGUUUAUCCCGCUGCAGCCCCAUUUAAACCCUCAGCAGUGCCUCUUCCUAUUCGAAUGGGCUAUCCACUGGAAAAAGGAGUGCCCAUGGCCAAGGAAGGAAAUCUAGAGCUUCUGAAGAUCCCCAAUUUCUUGCAUUUGACUCCUGUAGCAAUUAAAAAGCACUGUGAGGCUCUUAAAGAUUUCUGCACUGAUUGGCCAAGUGCACUGGACAGUGAUGAGAAAUGUGAGAAGUAUUUUCCCAUCGAAAUUGAGACAGCUAGUUAUGUUUCAGCAGGACCGUCUCUUUAUAAUCCCAAAGCAAGAGUUGUAACAUUAAAGGUUAGACUUUCCAAACUGAAUUUAGAUGACCAUGCAAAGAAGAAAUUGAUUAAGCUCGUUGGAGAGAGGUACUGCAAGAACACAGAUAUACUUACGAUCACUACUGACAGAUGUCCUUUACAGAGACAGAAUUAUGACUAUGCCAUGUAUCUAUUAACGGUUUUAUACCAUGAAUCAUGGAAAACCGAAGACUGGGAGAAAAAGAAGACUGAAGCAGACAUGGAAGAAUAUGUAUGGGAGAAUAGCCGCUCAGAAAAAAACAUCCUGAAGACUCUUCUCCAAAUUAAAGCUUCAGAAGAAACUGCUGGAGUCACACAGGAGGAGAUCCUUGGUUCUCAAGAAGUUGGGAAUUACAAAAAAUCUGUUGUUGCACUUAAAAAUGAGGGUGAUACUGAAAAUAACCUUUCUCAGUAUAAAGACGCAGUAAAGAAGCUAUUGAAUUUGACAUGACUGCAAUGUUGGAGGGGGGAACUGUUGCUUAGUCAUAAUUUGUUGUCAGGUGUUUGUAUGGUCUGAUCUCUGUGAUGAGGUAUACACAAUUUUAAAUAAUAUAUUAAAAACCACUCUUUUGUUCUAGAGUUAGAAUUACUUCACACUUUUAAAAAUAUAAACACUUAACUAAUUUUUAAUGUCCCAUAAUUAGUAAUAAUUAAAAGUGAAAUUGUUAUCCCUAAUGUUAAUUUUGAUUUUUUUCAUUCAUUUCAAACUUUGCCGAUUACAUUUCCUCUCCCUUAAUAUGAUAUAUGUUGCUUGCUUUUGAUUUGUGAAUUUUUUAGGCUUAAGCUGUUGUCUCUGCCAAAUAGUAAGUGAUGCUAAAAGGGAGAAAUAGUAACUGCAUCUAAAAUUUGGAAUACAGUCAGCCAACAAGCAUUUAUUAGGCACCUGCUGUGUGCCAGACACUGUGCUAGGAGUUGGAGAUACAAAUAAACUGUAUGAAGAGACACAAUUUAAUUUAAAAUCCCCCAACCACUGAUAGGAAGAAAAUAGUGUUGAUUAGAGUCUGUAUUUUUAAAAUCUUUCGUUUCUUGCAAAUGCAAAAAAAAAAAAGGUCAGUAAGAAUCAGAAUAAGGGACUUGUUGACCAUAACCCAGAUUUUAGGACUUAAGUAUUUCUGACAGAGGAGUAGAAAAAUGAGUAGAAAUCAAAGGGCUUUCCAAAAUAAUUGACCAUAAGAUUCAUAUAAAAUGAAGAUUUAUGUUGACAGGCUGCAAUUUAUAUAAUAAUGACCCUGUAGUAUGACACUGUGCCAAAAGGAGGAAAAAACUUCAGCACUACAUUAUAUUCCUUUAACUUAUGUAAGAUAAGAUAAUUACUUGGCUUGGCUUAUGUUUUUAAGCAUAAUUUAAGAAAUAUUACAUUUCAGAAUAUAAAAGAAAAAUUGUGAAGUGAUAAAAAGAAGAAAUCAGGUUUUAAAAUAAGAUAGAAAAGAAAGUAUUGAAAAUGGAAGAAUUGAUAGAAGAGCCCAGAGUUUGGUAGACUAUUAUAUAAUUAGUGCAUAUGGAAGCACACAUAAUAAUGAAUUGAUUACUGAGGCAGUACUAAUUGAGGCUUAAUGGGAAUUCUUUCAGGCUACAAAAAUCAUGCAAGAUGUCUUAAAGAAGAUGGCCAAAGUUGCUGGCUCUAGGUUGCAUUUGCUGCUAAUUAAUAAUUAUAUUUUCAGAAAUAAUUAGUUAAUUCCGGUUUAAAUGUGAAACUGUUAUUUUAGAACUUUGACCCUUUAAAUAUUGUAACUUUGAAACUGAGAUCAGGUUGGAUUGAAUCUGGAAAAUUUGUGUCGUGCUUUCAUUGAUCCUAAAUUGCUCGCUACUGCAAAGGUUAGUAUUGUGACCAACAAAAUUUUCCUGAAGUUCUACAGCUGUGAAUUGUGGAACUCUGUGAUGCUGGAAGUCAAAAUUAUAAGUAGUGUAAAGGACUACAAAAAAAACCCACUGUGGACUCAAGUAGGCGUGAGAAGUAGCACAAAAAGACAUCACUGGAGAUGUGUAUGAUUAAAAAGAUUCAUCAUAUCUUUGAAAGAGCAGAAAUAUAAUAUUAAGUCCAAUAUAGUGGGAAGAAAGUUGUUUCCUUUGUAUUAUACCUUUUAUUGGGAAGAACUGAUCUCUGUGUACUUUUUAUCAUUUAGGCUGGAUAGUGAGUUUUUUGUUAGUGAAACGCAGUCGUUUCUCACAUAAAUCCUUAAUAAUUAUUACCUGAACAUUUACCAUAGUUGCAUGGCUAUUGGAUAAUCAAAAGACAUAAGAAAUACAAUCUUCUUAAGGGUC